AUGACGACCCUGGAGACGUAUUUUUCCCUGACAUCUUUGCUAUUAUUGUUUGUUUUUGCUGGUAGAGUUCAAUCUGCCGUAUUUGAUGUGAAAAAUUAUGGUGGUAAAGCCGAUGGCAAGUCAGAUAUUAGCAAGGCAUUAUUGGGCGCGUGGAAAGAGGCUUGUUCAGCAAAGGGUUCCAACAUAGUUGUAGUACCCAAAGGAACAUAUUCCAUAGGUUUAACUGACUUAAAUGGUCCAUGCAAGGGAGCCAUGGAGCUUCAAGUCCAAGGAACCUUAUUGGCACCGAUAAACCCUAGCAGUUAUGCCAAGGACAGCUGGAUUACUUUUGCAUACAUUGAUCAAUUCAAAUUAUCCGGUGGUGGAACCUUCGACGGACAAGGGCAAGUGGCUUGGAAGCAAAAUAACUGCGGUCGAAAUCCAAAAUGCAAGAGACUUCCAGUUUAUGUGCUUCUUGUCCCUUUAAAAACACGCCAGAGCUUGCGGUUUGACUUCAUCACCAACAGCGUAGUUCAGAACGUAACAUCGCUCGAUAGUAAGAAUUUCCAUGUCAAUCUUCUAGGUGGCAAAAACCUUACUUUCGAUCGCUUCACGAUCACUGCACCAGGAGAUAGCGUCAAUACAGAUGGAAUUCACAUCGGGCAUUCAAACGGGAUCAACAUUAUUAAUUCAAAUAUUGCCACCGGCGAUGACUGCAUCUCCAUUGGUGGUGCCAGCGAACAAAUAAGGAUCACAAACGUACGAUGUGGACAUGGACAUGGCAUUAGCGUGGGAAGUUUAGGGAAGACCACUGAUGAAUUUGUCUCUGGAAUUUUCGUAAGGAACUGCACCUUCUAUGACACCGACAAUGGAGUGAGAAUUAAGACAUGGCCGGCAUUACAUGGUGGCAUGGCCUCUGAUAUGCAUUUCGAGGAUAUUAUGAUGAAAAAUGUCCGCAACCCUAUCAUUAUAGAUCAAAUGUACUGCCCAUGGAAUCAGUGCAAUCCAAAGGUAACGCGAAAAGAAAUGAAAAUGAAAGAGUCUCUUAAUGCAUUGUCCGUGGACAAAUCUGCCCGCAACAUGAAAUUUCUGUAACCCUUUGCCGUUUCUGAUGUUUGUUUCAGCUUCCGUCAAAAGUUAAGAUCUCCAACGUCACCUUCAAGAAUAUUAGGGGCUCUUCAGCGACCGCAGUAGCUGUUCGACUUAAUUGCAGCAGCAGUUUUCCAUGCCAGAAGGUCGAGCUCGCUGACAUUAACUUGACGUACGGAGGAAAGGAAGGCCCUGUAAAAUCCUUGUGUGCAAAUGUUAAACCCACACUUAAGGGAAAAUUGACUCCAACCAUUUGCUAGUAUUGUCAACGCUCAAACCUCGCAGCUCCUAGCCGCGAUACAUGGAUUAUCGAGGAGAUGAGCAUAUUUCAAGUUGUAAGUUUUACCAAAUAAAACGAGACACUUCAAAGUUUCCUUUUAUAUAGGUUACUGCGUGGGUAGACGGCCAAGAUACUCGCAUGUUGCUCUUUGUCUUUUUUGUUUUUCCAUUUUCUAUUCAAUCUGCUCGCUCACUCGUCGGGUUUCGCCGCGUCGUGCGGUGAUUAAACUGACAACAGAAAACAUGAGAUUACAGUCGAAGGCAGUUUGGCCAAGUUUCGACCCUAGAAAAAAUUAUUCUGUCCGAAUUUUCAGGCUUUUUAUAGAUUUUUCGUACAGUUUUGAACGUUAUUUUCAUCACGAUAGAGUAAUCGUAUUAAAAUUUCC